AUGUUGUCUUCUAGGGUUCCAGCAAGUGAAGUGAAAAUGGAAAACACAACAACAAAACCAAAUUGGCUUGAACUUCCUAGAGAUGUGACAUUAAACAUCCUACAAAGGCUCGGUACUGUUGAAAUAAUCACAAGUGCAUGUCUAGUGUGCCCUUUAUGGUGGAAUUUUUGUAAGGAUCCUUACAUCUGGCGCACCAUUCAUAUGCCUGAAUUCUACCAUCGACGUUACAACCGUGUGGAUUGGGUGAAGAUGUGCCGAUAUGCAGUCGAUCGAAGUUGUGGUCAGCUAGAAGACAUUUACAUAUAUAUGUUUGGAAACGAUGAGCUCCUUGAAUACAUAGCUGAUAGGGCAAGUAAUCUAAGGCGCAUCGGGCUUGUAUAUUGUGAUAAACUUUCAGAUAAAGUAUUUAUUGAAGCUGUAAAGAAACUUCCACUGAUAGAGGAAUUGGACAUUUCAGAAAACAGCCAUCUAUCUAAGCAUUCUUUUGAAGCUGUUGGUUCUUGUUGUCCUCUUUUGAAAACACUGUCAUACGGCAGAAAUGUGUCCAUUGACCUGAAUGAUGAGGCAUUUGUUAUCGCAAAAACAAUGCCUGGAUUACGCAAUCUUACAAUUUCAGGGUAUAGGCUUACAUCUGUUGGGGUUGUCGCCAUUCUUGAUGGAUGUUCUCUUCUUGAAUCUCUUAACCUAGAAUGUUGUUCUUCUAUGUCUUCAAUAACAAGUUUGAGUGAAAAUUUGAGGAAAAGUAUCGUUGGCGAGGUUGGAAUUGAAGAAACUAAGAAGACGUUGAUAGGCCUUAUAGAAUUGGCGGAACAUUAUGCUUAUGGACUUUGGGCACAAGUUGAAGUACGCUAUUAUCGUUGGAUAAUGAUUAUUUAUGCCGCUGUUAUGGUUACCGGCUGUCUAUUGAAAAAUUGA